GUACUUUGUCACCCUGCCCCGCCGUAGUUCCGUCGAGGCUGGCCGAGGUGUAGCUGGUAACCGCUGUUUUUCGGGUGAAUAUGGCCGCAGGUCCUCUUUCUGUAUCUUCCAAUGCAUCCACAAACAACGAUGGCAUUCUCAUUGGUGACAAAGUGUACUCGGAAGUGCACCUUACGAUCGAUAACUCUCUCAUACCGGAGGAGAGGCUCUCGCCGACGCCGUCGAUGCUCGACGGCCUCGACCUGAACGCGGAGACCGACCUUCGCAUCCUUGGAUGUGAACUGAUUCAGUCGGCGGGCAUUCUUCUCCGGCUACCUCAGGUGGCAAUGGCAACGGGGCAGGUGCUCUUUCAUCGUUUUUUCUACUCCAAGUCCUUCGUCAAGCACAGUUUUGAGAUUGUUGCAAUGGCUUGUAUCAACUUGGCCUCCAAGAUUGAAGAAGCGCCACGGCGAAUACGAGAUGUCAUCAAUGUUUUCCACCAUCUGCGACAGAUCCGAGGCAAAAAGACUCCAAGCUCAUUGAUACUUGAUCAGAACUACAUAAAUACCAAAAACCAAGUCAUCAAAGCGGAACGGCGGGUCCUGAAGGAGCUGGGCUUCUGUGUGCAUGUGAAGCAUCCACACAAGAUUAUCGUCAUGUACCUUCAAGUCCUAGAAUGUGAGAAGAACCAGACUCUGGUCCAGACAGCCUGGAACUACAUGAAUGAUAGCCUGAGGACAAAUGUGUUUGUAAGGUUCCAAGCUGAGACCAUCGCCUGUGCCUGCAUAUUCCUCGCUGCCCGAGCUCUGCAGAUACCUCUGCCAUCAAGACCUCAUUGGUUCCUGCUGUUUGGAGCUACUGAAGAUGAGAUUAAGGAAAUCUGCGUCACCACGCUUAGACUCUAUACCAGGAAGAAGCCAAACUAUGACCAGCUGGAGAAGGAGGUGGAGCGGAGGAAGGUGUUCCUGGCAGAGGCAAAGCUGAAGGCCAAAGGCCUGAACCCUGACGGUACUCCUGCACUGUCCACACUGGGUGGCUUCUCUCCUGCUUCCAAGCCCAGUUCGCCAAGUGUGAUCAAGGUAGAAGAGAAGUCCCCGAACCAGCAGACCCUCAAACAAGUUAAGAAGGAGCCAGACAGCCGGACUCAGGUCAACAAGAGUCCACACAAUGGGUUGAGGAAAGAGGUGAAGAUCGGGAGGAACAGCAGGAGUGGAAGUCGAUCUCGUUCGAGAACGCGUUCCCGGUCUAGGUCCCGCUCCCCUCGCAGACAUUACAAUAGCAGACGCAGUUGCUCAGGGACCUACAGUUCUCGCUCACGUUCUCGCUCUCACAGUCGCAGUCCGUCGCCUAGGCGACAUCCGCCUUCCCCCCUUCUUCCCCACCUCAAGUCCAAGACCAGCCACCAUGGCAACAGCGACUCCAAGCCCAGUGGUCGCCAUAGCAACAGCGGAGGAGGAGGAGGAUCUGGUCACAAGAGGAAGCGCUCACGUUCUCGCUCACGAUCCCGCACGCCGGUCAAAGUAGACAGGGACCGGGACAGAGAGAGGGAACGGGAGAGAGACAGAGAUCGCAGCUCCUUUGACAUCUCUUCGAAGAAACACAAACACGACCGAGGAGCUGGCCAUCGAGGAGACAGGAGGGAGAGGGAGAGAUCUCGGUCCUAUGACAGGGACAGAGAGAGGGAGCGAAGCCACAAGAGCAAGCACCACAGCAGUAGUGGGCACUCAGGACAUAGCCGUCACCGGCGCUGAGACAAACACACACCAACAGACUGGUUCUAGGACUGAAGUCACUCAAGCAUUUUCAAAGUCAAAUCUGCCGUUUUCUCUCAAUGCUGUUGAAUAACGCUCACUGUCAGCCGGUGGCAUGUCAGCAGACACACCUGGCAAGUUCAGGCAGGUAAAUAGUUGUGCUGCAAUUACCGGACGAAACCCAAAUAUCCGCUGCCUGCAACUUGUCAGACGACAUUGCUGACAUGUCUCAGGGUUUGGUGACCAAGAGCUUCGAAAUCUGGCAACAUAUUCCUCACACUGCAGUUAAAGUCAAAUGCUGCACCUCUGCCAUUUUUGAAAGACAAGUUGGAUUUAAUUUUCUGUAUAUAACCAGCCUCAAAGCAACACAAUUCGAUUUCUGGGCUUCUCUCGUGCAUCCUGAAACUUGCCAUAUAUAAUUUACAGAAAAGAUUCUUUUACCUCCUUUUUAAUUUUAGUUGGCCAUGGACAUAUGGCAAAACAAUUAAGUUUUGUCCCAAUGGAAAACUGACAUUGGAGGCAUUUAUUGCCUGAAUCCUACACACAUACACACAGAUGUCUUGGUGAUUCGUUGCUUUGACACUCAGUUACACAACAGCACACCUGUAGCUGAUAUUUGGCAAAGGUGGUGGGUUGAUAUUGUGGAUUGAAGGUGUGCAUCUGAAGAACCCAGGCGGCAGCAAGAAGUUGGCUGUGGGUUUGUUAGCGUUUUUGUCAACCAACUGGCCAGACAUGACUAAUGGAUGUGGGAAGGCACCAAUACAGUGUCAUCAGUCCUAGACUCGUCGUCAUCGUCGUCGUCUCCUCCACCUAUAGGUUUUUUUUUUUUCUUUUCUUUUCCCACGACACCCCACAACAAUCCUUCUAGCCUACCCUUAUGCUCUUGGUUUUACAUGUAAAGUUAUAGACUUUGGGAAAAGAAACUUAUUUACAGUGUAAAGAUGGGUUGCUAUCUGCUGACAAAAUGUGAACGCUUUGAUUUAUAAAAGCGAACUGCUCAGUGGAAGGAUUCAAAUGUAAAAUAAAAUUCAUUCAGGAAAGAUCA